AAGAAUAUCACAAAAAUGGCAUUAAAAAUGAUGGGUUAUUCAAAAAUGAAUGAGCAAUUAGCUAUACAAGAGGCUGCUUCAGCUGGUUUAAAAUCAAUGGAUCAUUUAAUCCAGUUGGUUUCUCAUCAACAACAAGAGAAAAACCCGGUUCAGCUUGGUGAGAUAACUGAUUUUACUGUUUCGAAGUUUAAGAAUGUUAUUUCUAUGUUGGACCGAACCGGUCAUGCCCGGUUCAGACGUGGUCCUGUUCAUGUUCCGGUUCAGGCUCCGGUUCAUCCUGAUUCUUUUACUUCCUUAUCUCUAUCGCCGUAUGUUCCUACGGCGAAAGAGACAGUACCUCCUCCUGUUGCGGCGGCGCAACAGACAGUUGUUGCGCCGCGGCAGCAGACAGGGUUGACGCUUGACUUUACGAAGCCAAGCGUUGACCGUCAAUCUAGUGCUGCUGCUGCUGCUGUGAAACCGAAGCUUUUUGAAGCUGGUGUUUCGAUGGCGACAACUUCCACGACGACGAAUUCGUCGUCGUUUAUGUCGUCGAUUACUGGUGAAGGAAGUGUAUCGAAUGGUAAGCAAGGUUUGGUGCUUCAGGCUGUUCCCGCUGGGAAACCCCCAAUCGCCGGUAAAAGAUGCCGUGAGCACGAACACUAUGAAGGUGUCUCCAGCAAAAUCUCCGGCUCCGCCAAGUGUCACUGCAAAAAGAGGAAAUCUCGUGUUAAGAAAGUGGUAAGACUCCCAGCGGUAAGUUCAAGAAUCGCAGAUAUACCAGGAGAUGAGUUUUCAUGGAGAAAGUAUGGUCAAAAGCCAAUCAAAGGUUCUGCAUACCCACGGGGUUAUUACAAGUGUAGCAGUGUACGAGGAUGUCCAGCUAGGAAACAUGUGGAAAGGGCAAUGGAUGAUCCUGCGAUGUUGAUUGUGACUUAUGAAGGGGAACAUCGUCAUACGCAAGUCGCGAUGCAGGAGAACAAUUCUCAAAUGGUGACUUUUGGGUCAACGGAAGAGAGGAAGGAGUGAAAUGAAAUAUAGGGUUAAGGGUAUUUUUGUAGUUUGGAUGUAGUGGAGGGGUGGAAUUGAUAUUUAGAAAAGUUAGAGGUUAAAAGGAGUAGAGAGUUGUAGUUGUGGGAUUGGGUUGUUAUGUAAAUUUGGAAAAUUUUAGGGGCUGAAUGAGACAAAGGAAAAGUUUAGAAUGUUGCAAA